AUGAGUCAGGCUGAUGAAGGAAGUGCCACUGACCCAGAGGUGGCAACUGAGAAUGAGUCACCUGCCUGUGAGCCCACUGCAGCAGAUCCUGAGGAGGAGGAGGGACCCACUGACCUAACAGCAAGUCCUGCAUUUCAGUGUUUAGAUGAGCUAUUUUCUGCUGGAAAAAUCACAGACACCAGAGUAGCUGAGCUGAAGGAACAGUACACCCUGCUGCAUGAGGCUGUGAUAAGUUUACAGGAAUCUGAGAGCCAGCUGUUGCAGGAAGCUGAACGCCUGAGUGCAGAGCUGGAACAACAAAGUGAACUGGAAAAAGCAGAACAGUUUCCUGAAGAAGCUCCCAGUGAAGCUUCCCAAAUAAGGAGACAACUUUUCAGCUGCCGAAGUGAAUACAAUGCUAUUAAAGGAAGAGUGCAUGAAAAUCGGUUGAAGAUAGAAUGUUUGAGAGAAGAAAAAAAGCUUCUGGAAGAUGAAUAUGAAAGAAUGUCAAAAGAAAAGGCUGAGCUAGUUAGGAUCCUUGGUGUUCCAAAGCAACUUGCAAAAGAAACUGAGAAGUUGAAACAGAAAAAAAUUGAUGCAGAGAAGCAGAAUGAAGCCCUUAAUGACCAAAUAGAAGAAUUGAAUGGCACCCUGAAAGCCACUGAAAAAAGGACUGAAGAGAUUUUGCAAGAAAAAAAAGAUGUAAUGAAGGAAAUGGAUGAGAGACAAACUUUAAUACAAAAGAAUGAACGACAAUGCAAUAAUUUGACAAAAUUACUAGAAAUUAAUGCAGAGAAGGAAUUUGCCAUCCUAUCAGACAGACAAAUUCUGGAAAAUAAUUUAGAUAAAUGUGUCUCGGAGAACAAAAAUCAACAAGAUAUUCUCAGUCACCAUCAAACAAAGAAAGAUAAAGAACUGAAAAGUUUAAAAAAGAUAGAGUUACAACUGAAAAGCAUUUGGGAUUCCUUGGAAGCAGAUAAGGCAACACAUAAAAGACUCAAAUCGGAGGCAGAAAUUAACGCAAAGAACAAUGCAGCAUUAUCAGAAAGACGGCAAGAACUGCAGGAGGAGAUUGAAACGAUCAAGAGAGAUUUAGCUGAACAGGAAAUGAUAUCAGAAAGAGAUGCCCACGUGUUAGAAGAAUGCAUUGCUGCAGAACGCUUGCUUUUCAAAGAGCAGGAAAAAUGCAGAAAUGAGUUAUCCACACUUACACGUCUGACUUUGCUCCGAGCUGAUGAGAAGCAACUGAAAUGCAGGGAUAUUCAGAAAGCCAAGAUUCAACUCCAAAGUCUUGUUAAAGAACUAAAAAGAAUGGAUAGUGAACUAAUCAUCUGCAAAAAGAUGAAAAAAGAAAACGAAAAAGAACUCCAAGGAGUUACUAAGAUGUGUGAUCUUAUGCAAAUUGAAAAGGACAAAUCUAUAGAUUUGAUGCGUAUUGCUCAGUGGAAAGCAAAAGAAGGUGAAAACCGGGUAAAAUUGCUAGAAAAUAAUAUAGAAAAUUUAAGACAUGCUGUUAUGACCAGAGAAAGAAAAUUGCAGGAGAACUAUCUGAAGAUUAAAAAGAAUGAGAGAAUGAAAGAUUUCAUCCAAAAAGAUUAUGUCAAAGUUGAACAAGAGAUGCUAGAGAAUAAAGAAAAGGAAAAAUAUUUGCAUGUUGACAGACUUACUGCUGCAGCCACACACAUGGAAAAGGAAAUUUCACAGCUACGCAAAAAUUAUGAAAGGGUUAUUGAGCAACGAGAUGAGAGUGGUCUUUUGCUCAAAGAACGAGAAGAAGAACUGGGCAUUUUGUAUGAAAAAAUAAACAGGCAAGAGGUGUUGCGUAGGAAUGGAGAAACUAAGAUGCAGGUUAUGGAUGAAAAGAUCAGUUUGCUGAAGCUGAAGUUAGUUGAGAAAAAAAGAGAGGUUAAAUUGUGUUUUAAAGAACUCUCAGUGAAGAAUGCCCUGGAUGCACAACUGGUGAAACUUCAGAUACAGUAUUCCCAGUGUAGGGACAAGAUUAAAAAGCUGGAGGAAAACUAUGGUGAUGCCACAAAUGAGAACAGAAAGCAAGAAAUGGGAGGGAAGGACCCAUCUCCACCUGAGCUGCUAAAAAGGAUUGACAAGAUAGAGGCAGAGCUGCUGCAGAAGGAGCAGAGGCUGCUGAAGAUAGAUUUCCUCUGUGAGAACAUUUCUGACCUGACGGACAGAAUGCGCACGGUGGUGGAGAGCGGCAAGCAGGACAUGCUGCUGUUCGCUAGGAGGAGCAACGAACUGCAGAGGGAGAUAAAUCGAAAAACCCAGGAGAUAAGGGCUCUUUUUGCAGAGUUAUCCAUGAAGCAAGCACUUGCCCUUAAACUCCAGCAGGAAAUCAGAGACAAGGAACAAUCUGUGAUGACUGCUUCAUUGCUGAUAAGUCAAGACCUUUCCCCUCCUAAAGCAGAAAAGGUCGGGUGGGAGAUCCUAGACAGUGAGAAGAUACAAAAAGCAGAAGCUGAAGCCAGAGCUGAAGAGCCUGCAGAGGAGAAAGAAGGUGCACUACCCAGCCACCACCCCACUACCCCCGAGGAGGAGGAGGAGGAGGAGGAGGAGGAGGAGGAGAAGGAGGAGGAGGAGACUCCCUUCAGAUCAAGUGAGCCCUGGUCAAGACAUUUAAAAAAGCCUCCUGCUGAGCCAUCUGAAAUCUGA